AUGGCGUCUGACGGACCCUACAAGAUGGACAACGGAGGAAUAUUUGUAUCCAAUUGCUUCCCAGCUAGAAGCCUUUUUCGAUUGACUAAUAGAGGAGCUGGUCAUUGGCAGGUGGUCCACAAAGCUGCCCCAGAAAGGAGGUUCAGGGCUGUAGUCGGCUCAGCAUCAUCCAACCAAACCAGCCGCUCCGACCCCGAGAAGACAUCGGUCCUUCACCGGCAAACCAGGAGCUCCUUACACGGAACUUCGGAUAACCUAGAACGUGUCCUGGAUGGCUCCUUUCUGAUGAAAACGCACUUUGUGGCGAGGCCGACAGAUCUGUGCUCUGUGGAUGUGAGCGACCGGAACCUGACUUCCGCUAAAAGGGCCGACUUUGUACAGUUUAAUUCCGUGGCAUACAUAAACGCAGCCGAGAACCUGCUGACUUUAGAGGAUUUUCGCACUUUUCCGGCAAUUCGAGAACUGGAUUUGUCGAUGAACGCUUUGACCGAGAUCCGCGUAAAACACGGAGACUUCCCCCACCUUGAAGUGUUGGACGUUUCAUACAAUAAUCUGACACCAAAGGCCAUCUCUCGGCUUAGCUUCCUGCCUCGACUCCGAGUUCUGCAUCUGACUGGGAACAGGCUCACUCAUCUCCCGGCGAGCAUGAGUGUCCCUCAUGACAAAGAUCCAGAUUUUGUUGGCUUUCCAUCGCUGGAGAUUCUGAUGCUUGAGGACAAUAAAUUGUCUGAUCCUGCCGUGUUUGCGAGCCUGGCCAACCUAAAGAGCCUACGUCAGCUGAACCUCGCUAGAAAUGGCAUCGCAGAAGUCCCAUACCUACGUGAAACGGUCCCGACGACCUCCACGGAUAGUCUGUCUGGAGGACAGAUAAAACAGGACUCUGACACAGACAUACACGAGAGACGUGGCCAACGAAAGAUGCCGGAAGCCACGUCAGAUGACGGUGGGGACAUCAGCUACACUGUGCUCCAGAAUGCAAGCGAUCCGGAUAGAACGCAUGUUAUAUUUUCCUCAACUUACAGCUCACCCAACAGUCAUUUGCCGAAAUUCACUGUUACGCCCAAAAGUUCUUCCUUUCUGCCCAGCAGUACGCUUUCUGCCAUGGCAUCAACAGACAGUUCGAGUCAGAUCUUCUCCCCACCCUUCCCAAAUCUAAGACACCUGAGCCUGGUGGAUAACAAGAUUGCAUACGAAGAGGACCUGUUAGCGGUGGCUCUUUUCCCUUCCUUGGAGGAGCUGCUAAUUCACGGGAACCCCCUAACCACCCACAGAAAAGGUGAUUCCACCUUGCUUCGGAGUUUCCUCCAGGAACGCUUGGGGAUCAGCGUUAUCCGAAGGAAAUCGGCGGAAACUCCCAAACCGCACAUUUUUAUACCGGUGAAAGAAACAAGGAAGGUAAAAACUCACGUCCCGAAGAUCCCCAAACAGCCUCUAAUGUUGGAGCCGCCAUCGUACCCCUUUCUGGGAUUCCUGUUCGAUCGCAGUGGCCCGGCGAGCGGCGAAACGCAAUAUCGGAGGUCGCCUGGUCCUCUUCCUCCUAUCAGAACAUCCCCGCAGCCGGAGAACGAUGAAGCCCAGCACACGAGUCAUGGCGUUUCUCCAGAAACAUCAGGGGAGGAAGAAAUUCUCCCCGGCUCUGAUCCUGCCGCGGAGUCUGUCUUUAUGACCCAGGUGGAUAAUGUGCUCGAUUCCCAGCGCAUUCCCAGCCCAGUCUCUGCAAGUCAUUUAGAUGUCGAGAAAGAAGAAGUUGUAGUGGCGCAAAAAGACAUCCCAGAAAAGUUUAAAGGCUAUGAAGAAUUAUUUGAUGUGAAGACGGACCCGGGGUUCAUAGAACCCGUAGGGAUCCAGAACAACGUCAAGGCUCUGGAAUAUGCUCUGAAGCACCUGCUUUUAUGCAGGGACUUUAAGCCACGGCUGCCUCGUAUCCAGAAAACAUCUGUGCUGAAUGAAGUUAAGGCGCUGCCUAAUAAACACAAGGCUGAUCCCGUACCGAGACCCACGGACAUGGCUGUCGUAGCCACCAACAAGAGUGAUCUAAAAACGCGUUCCUCGCCUCGGAAGAGCAAACGAGAGGUCGUGGCGGAAGUGAUAACGAGUAUGAGAGAAACAACGCAAGUAACGCAGGAACCGCUAGAUCGCAUGCUGAAAAAUUCCAGCAAAGAUCGCAAAAAAGCCCAACAGCUCCUGAAUGAACUGCAGCAGAAGUACCGGACGUUCUACGCGGAGAUGGUAAAGCGAGCCGCCGACCUGGAGCGCAGCCUCCUAGACACCGCACAGAGGCUCAGGGAGGCUGAAGAGCAGCUGGGAACCAUGGGGGCUGGGGUGAAGCCGGGGGAAAGGUGACCGCAGGCGGCCAGGCACACAAAUUCCGGCAAUCGGUUAAUUCAUGGCAAAAAGAAAAGCAGUAGGGAAGACUUUGUGCGGCGGAUUUCCAUAAUGGGGUAAAUUCAAAUAAACGUAAA